UGGGUGAACAGGCUCUUCAGAACCUGGUUGCUUGCUUGCUGUGGCGGGUGGUUAGGAGCAUGGGGCUUCACAGUCAGCUGGUCAAGACUUUGGAUCCUAUCUGUGGUACUUCCCUAGUUCUGUAAACUUGGCCACCUAUGGAAAUUAUUCUGGGCUUAGUCUCCUACCUGUAAAGUAGGCCUACCGCAAUGAGGUUGCUGUGAAGAUGACCAAGCAGUGCUUAGCAGAGGGCCUGGGACUUUGUAAAGGCUCAACAAAUGAAGGUUUAUGGACAACAAAAUUGGGGUAUUAUUGAAAAUUCCCUAAGCGCUCUGCAGCAGAUGGGACUAGAGAAGCCCUAUGAAGAAGCUUCUCCUCCCUGGGGACGCAUACCCAUGUGCCCUGCGUGCUCUGACUAUCUGGCCUGUUUCCCAUCCAGAGGCUUAUCCUUCCUCAUCCACAAAGACCCUGUGCAGACACUUGAGGUUAUAUGUGCCUCUUUAAAAUUCCUAGCACCAGCGCUGUGGGAUCGGUACGUCUCCCUGAGUAAUCAGAGUUAAUCAAAUAAUGCCUGCUCUAGAAAGGACUUGGAUAAUAUUCAGGGUUUUUACUUUAUUCUUUCAUAAAUUGAAACAUCACAGCUCUUAAUUCUCACUUACUCAAAGUCUGAAGUAAAGUUUGCCAUGGCUUUGAAAAGCUUUCUGUGGACUUGCAAAUAUUGGGUCUCUUCCUUCUUCUGAGAAAGCAAGUGAACUGCAAAUUGGCAGGACCACUGAGGUUUCUGUCCCAGACAGAUUCUGUCACAGGCUUUAUGGGGGACACGGUCCUACUCAAGUGUGACGUCAUUGGGGAGCCCAUGCCAACCAUACAUUGGCAGAAAAACCAACAAGACCUGCCUCCCAUCCCAGGAGACUCCCGGGUGGUGGUCUUGCCCUCUGGAGCCUUGCAGAUCAGCAGACUUCAACCAGGGGACAUUGGAAUCUAUCGGUGCUUAGCCCGGAAUCCAGCCAGCUCAAGAGCGGGAAAUGAAGCAGAAGUCAGAAUUUUGUCAGACCCAGGACUGCAUAGGCAGCUAUAUUUUCUGCAAAGACCAUCCAAUGUAGUAGCCAUUGAAGGAAAAGAUGCCAUCCUGGAGUGUUGUGUUUCUGGCUAUCCUCCCCCGAGUUUUACCUGGUUACGAGGAGAGGAAGUCAUCCAACUCAGGUCCAAAAAGUAUUCCUUAUUGGGUGGAAGCAACUUGCUUAUCUCCAAUGUGACGGAUGAUGAUAGUGGAACUUACACCUGUGUUGUUACAUAUAAAAAUGAGAAUAUUAGUGCCUCUGCAGAGCUCACGGUCUUGGUUCCGCCAUGGUUUUUAAAUCACCCUUCCAACCUGUAUGCCUAUGAAAGCAUGGAUAUUGAGUUUGAAUGUUCAGUCUCUGGAAAGCCUGUACCCACUGUGAAUUGGAUGAAGAAUGGAGAUGUGGUCAUUCCUAGUGAUUAUUUUCAGAUAGUGGGAGGAAGCAACUUACGAAUCCUUGGAGUGGUGAAGUCAGAUGAAGGCUUUUAUCAAUGUGUCGCUGAAAAUGAGGCUGGAAAUGCCCAGACCAGUGCACAGCUCAUUGUCCCUAAGCCUGCUAUACCAAGCUCCAGUGUCCUCCCUUCUGCUCCCAGAGAUGUGGUCCCUGUGCUGGUGUCCAGUCGGUUUGUGCGUCUCAGCUGGCGCCCACCUGCAGAAGCCAAAGGGAACAUUCAAACCUUCACGGUCUUUUUCUCCAGAGAAGGUGACAACAGAGAACGAGCAUUGAACACAUCCCAGCCUGGGUCCCUUCAGCUUACUGUGGGAAAUCUGAAGCCAGAAGCCAUGUACACCUUCCGAGUUGUGGCCUACAAUGAGUGGGGACCAGGGGAGAGCUCUCAACCCAUCAAAGUGGCCACUCAGCCUGAGUUACAAGUUCCAGGGCCAGUAGAAAACCUGCAUGCCGUAUCUACCUCACCUACCUCAAUUCUUAUUACCUGGGAACCCCCUGCCUAUGCAAACGGUCCAGUCCAAGGGUACAGAUUAUUCUGCACUGAGGUGUCCACGGGAAAAGAACAGAAUAUAGAGGUUGAUGGACUAUCUUAUAAGCUGGAAGGCCUGAAAAAAUUCACGGAAUAUACUCUUCGAUUCUUAGCUUAUAAUCGCUAUGGGCCAGGAGUAUCUACUGAUGACAUAACGGUGGUUACACUUUCUGAUGUGCCAAGUGCCCCGCCUCAGAACGUCUCCCUGGAAGUGGUUAAUUCAAGGAGUAUCAAGGUAAGCUGGCUGCCUCCUCCAUCAGGAACACAAAAUGGAUUUAUUACUGGCUAUAAAAUACGACACAGAAAGACGACCCGCAGGGGUGAGAUGGAAACUCUGGAGCCCAACAACCUCUGGUACUUAUUCACAGGACUGGAGAAAGGAAGUCAGUACAGUUUCCAAGUGUCGGCCAUGACAGUUAAUGGCACUGGACCACCUUCCAACUGGUACACAGCAGAGACUCCCGAGAAUGAUCUGGAUGAGUCUCAAGUCCCUGACCAACCAAGCUCUCUUCAUGUGAGGCCCCAGACCAACUGCAUCAUCAUGAGUUGGACUCCUCCCUUGAACCCAAACAUCGUGGUGCGAGGUUACAUUAUUGGUUACGGUGUUGGGAGCCCAUAUGCCGAGACGGUGCGUGUGGACAGUAAACAGCGAUAUUAUUCCAUUGAGAGGUUAGAGUCAAGUUCCCAUUACGUAAUCUCCCUAAAAGCUUUUAACAAUGCAGGAGAAGGAGUUCCACUUUAUGAAAGUGCCACCACCAGAUCCAUAACAGAUCCCACUGACCCAGUUGAUUAUUAUCCUUUGCUUGAUGAUUUCCCCACCUCGGUCCCAGAUGUCUCCACCCCCAUGCUCCCACCAGUAGGUGUACAGGCUGUGGCUCUUACCCACGAUGCCGUGAGGGUCAGCUGGGCAGACAACUCUGUCCCUAAGAACCAAAAAACAUCUGAAGUGCGACUUUACACUGUCCGGUGGAGGACCAGCUUUUCUGCGAAUGCGAAAUACAAGUCAGAAGACACAACAUCUCUGAGUUACACAGCAACAGGCCUCAAACCCAACACGAUGUAUGAGUUCUCGGUCAUGGUAACAAAAAACAGAAGGUCAAGCACAUGGAGCAUGACUGCCCAUGCCACCACGUAUGAAGCAGCCCCGACCUCUGCUCCCAAGGAUUUGACAGUCAUUACUCGAGAAGGGAAGCCUCGUGCUGUCAUUGUAAGUUGGCAGCCUCCUUUGGAAGCCAAUGGGAAAAUUACUGCUUACAUCUUGUUUUAUACCUUGGAUAAGAACAUACCAAUUGAUGACUGGGUUAUGGAAACGAUCAGUGGUGAUCGACUUACUCAUCAAAUCAUGGAUCUCAACCUUGACACGAUGUACUACUUUCGAAUUCAAGCACGGAAUUCAAAAGGAGUGGGACCUCUCUCUGAUCCCAUCCUCUUCAGGACUCUGAAAGUAGAACACCCUGACAAAAUGGCUAAUGACCAAGGUCGUCAUGGAGAUGGAGGUUUUUGGCCAGUUGAUACAAAUUUGAUUGAUAGAAGCACUCUCAAUGAGCCACCCAUUGGCCAGAUGCACCCCCCACAUGGCAGUGUCACUCCUCAGAAGAACAGCAACCUGCUUGUGAUCAUUGUGAUCACCGUCGGCGUCAUCACAGUGCUGGUGGUAGUGAUCGUGGCUGUGAUUUGCACCCGGCGCUCUUCAGCCCAGCAGAGAAAGAAACGGGCCACUCACAGUGUUGGCAAGAGGAAGGGCAGCCAGAAGGACCUCAGGCCUCCUGAUCUUUGGAUACAUCAUGAAGAAAUGGAGAUGAAAAAUAUUGAGAAGCCAUCGGGUACUGACCCUACAGGAAGGGACUCUCCCAUCCAAAGUUGCCAAGACCUCACACCAGUCAGCCACAGCCAGUCAGAAACUCAACUGGGGAGCAAAAGCACCUCUCAUUCAGGUCAAGACACUGAAGAAGCAGGGAGUUCCAUGUCCACUCUGGAAAGGUCACUGGCUGCACGUAGAGCCACUCGGGCCAAGCUUAUGAUUCCUAUGGAUGCCCAGUCCAACAAUCCUGCUGUCGUGAGUGCCAUCCCCGUGCCCACCCUGGAAAGUGCCCAGUACCCCGGAAUCCUUCCGUCUCCCACGUGUGGAUACCCCCACCCGCAGUUUACCCUCCGGCCUGUGCCAUUCCCUACACUGUCAGUGGACCGAGGUUUCGGAGCAGGAAAAACUGUGAGUGAAGGACCAGCCACCCAGCAGGCACCCAUGUUGCCACCAGCACAGCCUGAGCAUCCCAGCAGCGAGGAGGUACCAAGCAGAACCAUCCCCACGGCCUGUGUUCGACCAACGCACCCACUCCGCAGCUUUGCUAAUCCUUUGCUACCUCCACCAAUGAGUGCAAUAGAACCGAAAGUCCCUUACACACCACUUUUGUCUCAGCCAGGGCCUACUCUUCCCAAGACUCACGUGAAAACAGCCUCUCUUGGGUUGGCUGGAAAGGCCAGAUCUCCUUUGCUCCCUGUAUCUGUGCCAACAGCCCCUGAAGUAUCCGAGGAGAGCCACAAAGCAACAGAGGAUCCAGCCAAUGUGUAUGAACAGGAUGAUUUGAGUGAACAAAUGGCAAGUUUGGAAGGGCUGAUGAAGCAGCUGAAUGCCAUCACAGGCUCGGCCUUUUAACACAUAUUACCCAGUUGAUGAGGUGUAUUUUCUGGGAACUUUGCAGCAUCCCAGUUACCCAUAAACAGCACACCUGUGUCCAAGAACUCUUAACCAGUGUACAGGUCAACCAUCGGGACCACUCAGUUAUGGAAGAUCCUGGAGCAGUUCAGAAGGAAUAAGCAUCCCUUCUUUCCUAGGCAUCAGGAAGUUCACAAUGCUCACUGUUACCCUAAACAAAAGCGAAGAUGCAUCUUCACUGCAGUGUCAAAGCUGAAGCUGCUAGACUAGUCCUGGGUCUUUGCUGCUGCAGUGAUCACACUGUCAUACCUAACGCUUAGGUUUUCCUCCAUCGAGGCCCGUCAUUUCCUUUCUGUGUAGGUCUAGUCUUUCCAAAUGCAAGUGCAUUAUCGAAGCCUGUACCAUGCCGUGGCAAAUGAGUGCAAGCUCAUUAUCAUGCUUUCAACUUCCAAGGACAAAGCGCCCGUGGUCAUUCUCUCACUACAUAGCACCAAAGGGUUGGAUGUUUUCUUAACAGCACAAAAAAAAAGUGAAUAAGUAGACAAACAAAAGGCAGCGAAUUGCUUGUUUUGUAACUCAGACGUUCAUCUUGCACAAGUGGUGGAUAUUAGCAAGUGGCUGUAAAAUUCACCCAUUUUUAACAAGUAUCUGUAAAUCCACCCUUGGUUAAUAUUUAUGUCUGGAGAACAGGAACAUAAAAAUCUGUAACCAGUGGCAUCCUGCCAGCAGCAGUUUGUUUCCUGAAAGAGGAUACAAUAUGCAAUCUUCUCAGACACACGGUAAUUAUGUGCUUAAGCUUGUAAUAGGACACUUUUCAAUUUGGGUGGCUUUUGUGCCAUUUCACACUGUGAUGACAUUUCUAAGCUUCACCACGGCCGUCCUUCUCAGAAGUCUGGCCGGAAGAGCUCCCCCCCUUCAUCCUAUCCCCCCCACCCCACCCCCCGGGGUCUCCUUGGCAGCCAGCCUUGGGCGCGGUGGCCAGCUCCACACACCGCUGCCACCUGACCCACGUCCCUGUCACCCUCUGUGGAAAUGGCAGACGCCCUGAGAACAGACCUGAAAAAGGGAAGGAAAAUGGAAGACGGUCUCAAACUUUACCUGCUCUUGGGUGAUGUCAUUUCUGCCAACGUGGUCCUCGCUGACUUAGAGCGGAGGGUAUUGGUCAGGGGCAACCACCAGGCCCUGUUGUCAAGGGACCUCCCUACGCUGUCUGCCCAGAGGCAGAGAGGAGCGGAGGGGAAGGUGCCACUUGACACUUGUGACACAUUCUAAAUCCAGUGGAUGCUUUUCAGAGCUGCAUCUUCAUUGUGACCUAGAAUUUGAAACUUCGAAUGCCAUGUUUAUCCACAGCUUGGAACUAGGUGAAAUUAAGAACAUUCUGUGUGCACCUUUUCAGUUUCUGAAUUUUCAGCUGCAUUUGGAGUUAAUCCCUGUUUAUGCAGCUGAAUCGCCAAAAGGGAGCUAGUUUGCAUAUUUAUCAGUUAGGCGACUUGAAAACCCAAUAAGAGAGUUUCAGCUGAAUUAUUCCUUUCAGCUCUGUCUUUGAUUUCAAGCUUGAGUAGGUCAUAAUUUUAAAAGAGCAUGGAAGGGAUAGGAUCUUUACAACCUAAUAGCUCCUUUUAUUAGGUGGGUAAUUAUAUAUGAAUCCCUGAAUAAAAUAUUUUGAGCAAAAUGGCACUGUAACAGAAGUAAUAAUUCAGAUUAUUUUUUUACAGUUUUAUGUCGGGAAGGAAAUCUGAUGUCAAAGAGAGGGCUUGUUCAAAUGGUUCAUUAGAAAGUCUGGUCCAUUUGUGAAAUUGUUCCUUCAACAAGAGUGCUUAUUCAAUUUACUAAGAUUUUCUUGAAGUUCUUCUGAAGAGCUAUGUGACGUUAUUCUACGGGGCGGAUUAUUCUUCUUCAAAAUCUGGGCACUUAGGUAAACAGCCCUCCACUGACCGGGAACAAGGCAUUUCCUAGCAUAAUGUUGCAUCUAGCAGAAGCAAUUCAUUACCUCAGAACAUGUUUAUCAGGCUAGCUUUCCCCUCUCCAGGUCCCAGAACGCCCCCUCCAUUUCUAACACCAAUAAACGAGGAACAUUCUCUGAUGGCAUCUGUUAUCCGAGGAAUGUCUUCCUGAGUGCUCUGUUUGGGAUGGGCUGCAAAUCUCAAAUUUCAGACUGAGUCACAUCUUCAACCUAUAGACUGUAUCUGGACAACCAAGGGAACUACCAUUCUUCACAAAAUUCUAGAUGACUCUUGUCGGAGUCGCUGACCUCAACAAAUAAAAAAAAAAAAUUUAAGACUACAUGAAAAUAUGCAUUAUUUGUUUUCAGUGAGAGGUACAUUUCUGGUACAUGCUCUUGAAGCUUGUAUAAGGAAAUACAAUGGUUUAUUUUAGUCAUUGGUAAUGCUAAUAAGUCUUUGCUUCAUGCCUUGAAGAUAUUAGUAGAAUCCAUUUAAAUUCUCUGAAGACACUCCUGUGUGCUUUACCCAAUGGCUUUAUUUUUUUUUAAGAUUUUACUUACUUAUUUAUUCAUGAGAGACACACAAACAGAGAGAGAGAGAGGCAGAGACCCAGGCAGAGGGAGAAGCAGGCUCCACGCAGGAGCCCAACGUGGGACUCGAUCCCGGGUCUCCAGGAUCAGGCCCUGGGCUGAAGGCAGCGCUAAACCUCUGAGCCACCCAGGUGUCCCUACCCAAUGGCUUUAAUAUGCGAUGAUCUUACCACACCUUUUGUUAAACUCUGCUCCCCACUGUCUCAAAGAGUUCGCAUAGGUAUAUAACUGCCUCCUCAAGUCUUCAGGUAACUUUGUAAUUUCCCAGCCUUCUGAUGUCUUGACAAGAAGCAGUCCGUGAAGACUGCAGGACAGCCUCUAUUUUGUUCCCACUCUGAGCCUAGUUCAUAACAUACAGGGCUCCUUAAGCUCAUAAAUCUCUCUGACUCCCAAAGGGCGGUGCUUGACAGCCAACCAGGAGCCCUGCCACCAGGACUCAUUUCUCCCUGAAAAAGAAGAAAAUAAAACUUGGCAGGGCAUGCUCAGGCCUCCCGUGCACUGCACUGAACUGUCAGGCAAGAGCCUCUUCUUGAAAAAGUUUGGUAUUUUUCUUUUGUAUUUCAUACCGAUGAGAAAGCUGUUUUUCUUUCCUCUAGAAACUUCUGCAUUUGUUAAAUUCACAGAAAAGCAGUUAGCUCAAAAUGCCUAAGGCAUAUUCCGGAGGAUGCUCUAGCCAAAAGUUAAAUAUUUCCUAGUGAUUCAUAUUCAGUAAAAAAAAAAAAAAAAAAAAAAAAAAA